AUGGCCAUCGUCAUCUCGGGCACCUUCAGCUUCAUUGUCGCGACAAUAUUCCAGUGCAUUCCGAUCGAAUCCAAUUGGAACAAACACAUGCACAAAUCCUGUGUCAACAAUACUAUCUUCCGCUGGAGCUGGGCUGGCUAUAACACAGCGAUGGAUAUUUGGAUCUGUUUGAUGCCUAUGCCUCUGCUAGCGAGAUUGCAGCUGGAUACUAUCCGCAAGAUUGGCGUCAUGAUUGUGUUCAGUCUUGGUCUUUUCGUUUGCGUAACCAGUAUCAUCCGCAUGCAAGCCAUGGAGCAAAGCACCACGACGCAUGAUCCCACGUGGGGAUCCUUUGAUGCCUUGACCUGGAGCGCUAUUGAAGCCAGUACUGGAAUCAUCUGCGCCUGUCUUCCUUUCCUCAAACACCCUAUCAAACAGGCAUUCCCUCGUUUAUUCUCCUCAUUUACUACCAGUCGCAGAACCCGCAGCAGACCUACCUACGGACUCAGCAAACUGGAAUCCAGGAACAGAACUCAGGUCGGUGCUGGAGGUUCUGACGCAUGGAACGAUACUGCUAACAAUGCUUGGACGAAUGUCGACAACGACAAUGGCAGCACGGGCAGUCAGGAGCCAAUUGCUCACAAUCAGAUCAUUAUGAAGACGGAUAUUUCGUUGAAAACAGACUAUGUUCCUUUCCCGCCGAGGGGCAACGAAAAGUCCUCCGUCUAAGAGAUGUGCCAACAGGUUGCAGUUACGGAGAGUGGUA